AUGGAGACGGAAGGGGGGGACUGGGUGAGAGGGGCUUUGGGUUUUGUACCGGGAAAACGGAGCCCCUCCCCUGUGGAGACUAUCGGAGAUGGCUUCCAGGGGCAGCUAUUCGCCAAGUUUAUUUCCGAAUUCCCAGUAACCACGGCGAGGACCAGUAUUCAAUCCAAUUUAAAUGUCGCCAUCAGUCUCACUGACUGCCCUGAUCGACCGCAGCGAACAGCCUUUAUUCAAUAUGGACACCGAGAAACCCGCCCCCAAAGAAGCUACGCAAAAUUCUUCCUCCAAGAGGCAACGGAGGGGACCAACACCGACGGCAGCUCGCUCGCCUCGGCCCGCCGCGUCUGUGGGAACAACGUCUUUCUCCCGUCGGCUUUGGGCCCUGAAGCGGCGAAAAGCCACUUGGGAAAUCGCUCCCUCACCUCUGACCCCGCCCCGAAUCUCGCGCGCUUACCCCGCCCGCCGAGGCCCACCUGUGCCCGGAGCCGCCUCGUGACGGCGCCGCUGGCUCGGCCGGAACGUGACGUGCAGCCUCGGCCCCCCGCCGCCAGCUGCACGCCGGCCAGGGGCUCGCUCCGCACGCCCUUUCGCCGGCGCAGCGCUGUAGCCCCGCCAAUCGUCUGUUCCGGCGCCCGCAAUUCGACUGGCGGGCUGGGCGGAAGUGGUGGAGCUGGGAAGGCGGGGCCGCGGUCGGGAGGCCAGAUACCAGCACACUCCGGUUUGCGGUUGGUCCCCGCGAGCUUUGUCGAGGCUCAGGCACGAUGGUGGGGCGAGGCCCACGAGCGCCUUCUCUGGCCCUACAUCCAGGUCCGAAAAAUGCGAAGUAGCCUGUGGCUGUUUGUGAGCAUGUGGAAGUUCCUGGCCCAGGAAUUGAACCCACGCCAGAGCAGCGACCCAAGCUGCUUCAGUGACAAAUCUAUAAAACUGGAUCCUCAACCUGCUGCACCAGAAGAGGACUCCCUGCAAACUUACUGAACCAGUACUGGUGAAACUGCACCACUAUGAAUAUUUCGAGGACUUGCUGAUUCAUGUUUGCAUCUCUAAUGCCUACUGAAAUCUGAGUACCUGUUCAUUCAUUCAUUCAAGAAUUAUUCGUUGAUAGCCUGUAAUAUACCAGGAGAACACUGUGGCGUAGCUGUGCACAUCAGGCCAAUUUCCAAAUUUCAGGGACUUUUGCUUUUUCUGAUGAGUCUCCAGAUGAAAACUCAGCUUAGCUGAUACCUUCACUUCUACCUCGUGAUACGCUGACUAGAGGAGCCAGUCACACCAUGCCUGAUGUCAAAACUACAGAAUUG